AUGAAGGUCUUGUCGCUCGUCCACCUGCUUGUGGCUGCUGUGGCUGCUCCUGCUGCCGCCGAGUUCUUGUGGAAGAAUGUGAACAUUGGUGGCGGUGGUGGCUUCGUCCCCGGUAUCGUCUUUCACCCGACUACUCCUGGGGUGGCUUAUGCCAGGACCGACAUUGGUGGUCUUUACAGGCUGAACCCUGACGACUCCUGGACUCCCAUCACCGAUAGCCUUGGCACUGAUGAAAGAUGGGGCCAUUGGGGCAUCGAUGCUGUCGCCCUGGACCCUCAGGAGCCAAACAGAGUCUAUGCGGCGGUGGGCAUGUACACCACAAACUGGGAUCCCAACCCGGGCGCCAUCAUCCGCAGUGACGACAAGGGAGCCACGUGGGUGUCUACCGACCUGCCUUUCAAGGUGGGCGGCAACAUGCCUGGCCGUGGUAUGGGCGAGAGGUUGGCUGUCGAUCCCGCCAACUCCAACAUCAUCUACUUUGGUGCUCGCAGUGGAAAUGGGCUGUGGAAGAGUACCGACGGUGGUGCCACCUUCUCCAAGGUGACCUCUUUCACCAACGCGGGAUCCUACAUCGUGGACCCCAGCGACCUCUAUGGUUACAACGGAGACAAGAUCGGUCUCACCUUUGUCACCUUCGAUUCGACCUCGAGCGUCAGAAAUGGCGCCACCUCGCGCAUCUUCGUCGGUACUGCUGACAACACCACUGCUUCCGUCUAUGUUUCCGACGAUGCUGGUGCCACCUGGGCCCCGGUCGCCGGCCAGCCUACGAAGUACUUCCCUCACAAGUGCAAGCUUCAGCCAACCGAGAAGGCUUUGUACUUCACUUACAGCGACGGAGCUGGUCCGUAUGAUGGUACUUCUGGCGGUGUGCACCGCUACGACCUCACCACUAGCACCUGGAAGGACAUCACCCCCGUCUCUGGCGGUGAUCUCUUCUACGGCUUUGGCGGCUUGGGUCUUGACAUGAAGAAGCCUGGCACGCUUGUCGUGGCUAGCUUGAACUCCUGGUGGCCGGACGCCCAACUUUUCCGUUCUACCGACUCUGCACCCUGGAUCAACACCGGCUUUCUCUCUCAGGACAGCAAGCGCCUGGGAUGGAUGAUUGAGGCCCUCGAGAUCAACCCCCAUGACAGCGACCACUGGCUGUACGGCACUGGUUUGACCCUUUUCGGUGGCCACGAUUUGACCAAGUGGGAUACCACCCGCAACAUCACCAUCCACUCUCUUGCUGCCGGUAUCGAGGAGAUGGCUGUCCUUGGCCUUGCAUCUGCCCCCGGCGGUUCCGAGCUUCUCGCCGCUGUUGGUGACAACAACGGUUUUACCUUUAAGGAGGCCGCCGAUCUCUUGACUUCUCCUCAGACCCCCUGGAUGAACCCCAUGUGGACCAGUGCCACUGACCCCAACCAAGUCGUCCGCGUGGGCAACUCCCCUGGCUCUCCCCAGAUCGCCAUCUCCACCGACGGCGGCCUCACCUGGUCCCCCCACUACGGCGCCAGCAACACCGACCACAGCGGCACCCUCGCCUACUCGGCCGAUGCCUCCACCGUCCUCUGGUCCUCCGGCAACGCCGGCGUCCUCCGCUUCCACACCUCCACCGCAACCACCUACAACCCCGGCUCUGUCGUCCCCUCGGCUGACUCGGCCGAGGGCAUCUUCACGCCCGUCGACUCCCUCCCCUCGGGCGCCGUCAUCGCAGCCGACAAGCGGAACAACUCCAUCUUCUACGCCGGCUUCGAAGGGACCCUCUACCGCAGCUUGGACGGCGGCGCCACGUUCUUGACAGUAGCCGUCGACCCCAGAAGCAGCACCACAUCCAUGACUGUCGUGGCCAUCAAGGAUAUGGUCGCCCACCCCAUCGUCGCUGGUGAAGUCUGGGUUUCCACCAACAUCGGUCUCCUCCGCAGCACUGACUACGGCCUCAACUACGCCCAGGUUGGAGAGGGCAGCAUCACCAACACGGAGCAGUUCGCCUUCGGUCUCGGUGAGGGAGGGUCGAAGUGGAAUAUUUAUGCUUUCGGCUACGGCUUGAAUGGACCGAGGUUGUAUGCCAGCUCAGAUAAUGGAGAGUCGUGGGUCGAUAUCCAGGGGCUGCAAGGAUUUGGGGCUAUCGGUGCGAAUAGGGUUGUGGGAAGUGCCAGUGUGGAGGGGCAGGUUUAUGUGGGCACCAAUGGGAGGGGUGUGAUGUUUGCAAAGGGGGUUGUGGAGGGUGGUGACCCGGGUAACGGAGGUGGGGAGGAUAGCGACGAUGAUGAGGAGGAGUGGUGUGAUGCUACUACGACGACGAGUGCUGUGCCGACGACUUCGUCCGUGGUGAUCCCUACGACUAUAAGCACGACGUUGGUUACUAGUGUCAGGCCUACGACUGUCUCUACCUCUUCGAGGGUUACCACUACCAGCACGUCUUCCACCUCGACCAGAAUCAGCACCACCAGCACUUCCACCAGAUUCACCACCACCAGCUCGGCGCCCAUCACUCAACCGACUGAGCGUGCGAAGAGGUGGGGACAGUGCGGCGGGAUCAACUGGACUGGACCGAAGGAGUGCGAGGCCCCAUGGACGUGCCAGAAGCUUAAUGAUUGGUACUUUCAGUGCUUGUAA